CUAAAGAGAACCUCUAAAGAGCUGCUCCAAGUAAAACAUCUAACUUAUAACCUACACUUACAUUUUCGUCCAUACGAACCAUUACAACUUUCUCUGGUUCCCAAUUCGACACCCAUACAACCAAUUCGAAUAGAACAAAACCUCCCACAUUAUAUUCCAAUUCAAUUCCAAUCGAAACAGAUGCCGUGCUAGCGCCGUUGCCGGCUAGACCAAGUCUCGAAGAGCCUGCUGCAGCAAGUGUUGCGCUGGAGAAGUUGUUGGAGUGUUGGAGUGCUGGACGGAUAAUAACAAUAAGAAGAAGAAGAAGAAUUAUAGCUUUUUCGCUAUGAACGGCUAUAACGAGAAAAGUCACCACUACGAUGACGAACCCGAACCUGGCAGCUUCGUGCGCGCCUUUGACGCUUUUCCGAAAGCGAAACCCCAAUAUGUGACGCGAACGUCGGGCGGCGGGAAGUGGACGGUCGUGAUGUACGUGGUGUCGUGCGUGCUGCUGUGGUCGGAGGCCGCGCGGUGGUGGCGCGGGGAGGAGACGCACACGUUCGCGGUCGAGAAGGGCGUUAGCCACAGCAUGCAGAUCAACCUGGACAUCGUGGUCAAGAUGCAGUGCAAGGACCUGCACGUCAACGUCCAGGACGCCUCGGGCGACCUCAUCCGCGCGGGCACCCGUCUGCGCGAGGACGGCACCCACUGGGGCCACUGGGUCGACGCCAAGGGUAUCCACAAGCUCGGCCGGGACAGCCACGGGCGCGCCGUCACGGGCGCCGGCUGGCACGAGGAAGGGUUCGGCGAGGAGCACGUCCACGAUAUCGUCUCCAUGGGCCGCAAGAAGGCCCGCUGGGCCAAGACCCCGAGGCUGUGGGGCGCCGAGAACAACGCCUGUCGCAUCUUCGGCAGCCUGGAUCUGAAUAAGGUCCAGGGCGAUUUCCAUAUCACCGCUAGAGGCCACGGGUAUACGGAUGCUGCGAUGCCGGCGCAUUUGGAUCACAGCGCGUUCAACUUCUCGCACGUCAUAUCAGAGCUCUCGUUCGGGCCGUACUACCCGUCCCUCGUAAACCCCCUCGACCGGACCAUCAACAUCGCCGAGUCGCACUUCUACAAGUUCCAGUACUUCAUGUCGGUAGUCCCCACGAUCUACAGCGUGCAGCGGGGCGCCGGGUCCUCGGCGUCGGCCGAGCACACCAUCUUCACGAACCAGUACGCGGUGACGGAGCAGAGCAAGGAGGUCGGCGAGCGCAUGGUCCCGGGGCUCUUCUUCAAGUACGACAUCGAGCCCAUCCUCCUGCACGUCGAGGAGCGCCGCGCCGGCCUCGUCGCCUUCGCCAUCAAGAUCAUCAACAUCCUCUCGGGCGUCCUCGUCGCCUGCAAUUGGGGCUUCACCUUGAGCGAGUGGCUCCGCGAGGUCGUGGGCCGCAGGAGGAGGAGCCAGGUCGGCGAAGGGGUUAUCGGUGCUAAGGACGGGUACGACGAGUAGAACCUGAACCUGAACCUGGACUAAACGAAACUAAACUAAAACCCCGACCCCUUUUUCUUUGAAUCACUGAAGAUUGGGAAGAAAGGGGGAGGGUUAUAGUUGGUUGGUCUUGUAGUAUAUAGCGCUAGAUGGUUAGGCGAAGCAAGCAUCGUGUUUUGUGGUUUUCUUUUGGCUAGGCAUUUUCUUCUUGUUCUAGAGCCAUGGAGUUCCGGAGGGAGGCGGGGGCGACACGGCGAGGUUCGGUACAUAGCAAGCAAGUAUCAACAUGAAUGAUUCGAAAGACAACGAAUGGCUUGAGGCGUACUUUUUUUUGUGAGGUUCUUGUUGCUAGUUCAUGUUGCGUUUCUGUUUUAUUCGAUUGUGAAAUGAAAACAGGGAAGAAGAGGAAAGAAGGAAAGGGGGAUAGGGG